AUGAUGUGCUUUAUCGCCGAGAAUUGGGCUAACAAAAUACUUGAUUUAGCUUCCGAACUCACAGACGAACAACUCCUACUUUGUACAACACGCUUGCGAGGAUAUUCAUUGAAGCUAAAGCGCUGGGUCCACUUCGAGGUGAACAAUAUCAGUGACAUCGCGUGGAAUGAACACGCUUUUCCACAGCUCAUCCUCCCUGAAGGUUUCCAGAACUUGAUUCUGUCAUUUGUUGAAGCCAAAAGUGACAGCACCCUUGCUUUUGAUGAUAUCAUUCAAGGAAAGGGAAUGGGGAUGAUCGUGUUGCUUGUUGGUACACCUGGCACCGGCAAGACCUUGACCGCCGAGGCCGUUGCAGACAAGGUCAAGAAGCCUCUUUACGUGCUGAGUGCUGGAGAGUUGGGCCAGGAUGCCACCACCGUGGAAGAUCGUCUCAGUGAGAUCUUGGAGCUCACCCAGAAAUGGGAUGCUAUUGUGCUCUUCGAUGAAUGCGAUGUUUUCCUGCAAGAGCGAUCAACUAGCAACAUGGCACACAACGAGAUUGUCGCAGUCUUUCUGAGAUUACUUGAAUACUAUCGCGGUAUCAUGUUCAUGACAACCAACCGCGCGAGCAGCAUCGACAGCGCUUUUCAGAGCAGAAUUCAUCUCACGCUCCACUAUCCAGAGCUUGAGUUGGAUGCAAAGAGGCAGAUCUGGAGGCAGUUCACCUCUCAGCUAGAGCGCGAUGAAACGAUGACGGAUGAUACCUACUAUCAUCUUGCUUUGCUGCCCAUGAACGGGCGGCAAAUCAAGAAUACGGUGAAAAUAUCGGCGCUUUUGGCUCACAAAGAAAAAGCUAGACUUGGCUCUCGCCAUAUUCGCAUCGUUUUGCAUGCAACGUGCGAGGCACAUGGCGAGGGAAUCUAA